UGCACAGAUUCAAUCGAUUAUUCGCCGUUUGAUUUGUUUAUGUACCGCAUGCGCACAUCUUGCUCUUCCUUUCUGCUAGCUUCUCCGCCAUGGCGCCUAUUCAGAAGAAGCAGAACACCGGUAAAGGUGGUAAGAAGAAGAAGCAGGUACUGAAGUUCACACUGGACUGCACCCAUCCUGUUGAAGAUGGCAUCAUGGAUGCUGCCAAUUUUGAGCAGUUUCUUCAGGAGCGCAUUAAGGUGAACGGGAAAGCUGGCAACCUGGGUGGUGGUGUGGUCUCCAUUGAGAGGAACAAGAGCAAGAUAACAGUGUCCUCUGAGGUGCCCUUCUCCAAAAGAUACUUGAAGUAUCUGACCAAGAAGUACCUGAAGAAGAACAAUCUUCGUGACUGGCUGCGUGUCGUGGCCAACACCAAGGAGAGCUACGAGCUCCGCUACUUCCAGAUCAACCAGGAUGAAGAGGAGGAAGAGGAUGAAGAUUAAAUUGACAAUUCAUCUGAUUUUGUACAUUUAAAUAAAUGUUGUUUACAGUA